CUUACUCUCUAAGCAAUCAUGUACAGAGUGGCAAGCGCAUCGGAGUACCUGGUGAUCACCGGAGUCGGAAUCAACGACGUAAAGCUCUCAAAAAAGGCAUGGAUUCUCCCCGGCCAGUCAUGCACUGUGUUCGACGUAUCUCCGGUCAACUACACCUUUGAAGUCCAAGCCAUGAGCGCCGAGAAGCUCCCCUUCGUCCUCCCUGCCGUCUUCACCAUUGGCCCACGUUUGGAGGAUGAGCACAGCCUCCAACGCUACGCUAAGCUCAUCUCGCCUCACGAUAAGCUCUCCCACCAUGUCAAGGAGCUCGUCCAGGGGAUCAUCGAGGGAGAGACGCGUGUCCUCGCGGCCUCGAUGACUAUGGAGGAGAUCUUCAGAGGCACAAAAGAGUUUAAACAAGAGGUAUUUGAGAAAGUUCAGCUUGAACUUAAUCAAUUUGGGCUUCUGAUCUACAAUGCUAACGUGAAACAACUUGUGGAUGUGCCUGGACACGAGUAUUUCUCUUACUUAGGACAAAAGACUCAGAUGGAAGCGGCAAACCAGGCCAGGAUUGAUGUGGCAGAGGCGAGGAUGAAGGGGGAAAUUGGAUCGAAGCUGAGAGAAGGACAGACGCUUCAGAAUGCGGCGAAGAUCGACGCCGAGACGAAGAUCAUAUCGACACAGAGACAAGGACAAGGGAAGAAGGAGGAGAUUAAAAUUAAGAGUGAGGUGAAGGUGUAUGAGAAUCAGAGGGAGGCUGAGGUGGCGGAGGCAAAUGCCGAACUGGCGAUGAAGAAGGCCGGUUGGGCUAAGGACGCUCAGGUGGCUGAGGUCGAGGCGGCCAAGGCAGUGGCGCUUAGAGACGCUGAGCUGCAGAGAGAGGUGGAGAGGAUGAACGCUUUGACAAGGACGGAGAAGCUCAAGGCGGAGUUCCUUAGCAAAGCCACCGUUGAAUAUGAGACAAAGGUGCAAGAAGCCAAUUGGGAGCUGUACAAGAAACAAAAAGAAGCAGAAGCAAUCCUUUAUGAAAAGGAGAAAGAGGCGUCGGCGAAAAAGGCUAUAGCUGAAGCCGACUUCUACUCUCGGCAACAAGCAGCGGACGGAGAAUUCUACGCGAAGAAGAAAGAAGCGGAGGGACUCAUUGCUUUGGGUGAAGCCCAAGGCGCAUAUCUACGCACUCUUCUUGAUUCUCUUGGAGGCAACUACGGCGCUUUGAGGGACUACCUCCUGAUUAGCGGCGGCAUGUUUCAAGACAUUGCGAGGAUCAAUGCUGACGCUGUUCGCGGUCUUCAACCCAAGAUCAGUAUUUGGACUAAUGGUAACGGUGGAGAUGAUACGGCCGGCGCUUCUGGGUCUUCUUCUAAUGUGGCUAUGAAAGAGGUUGCUGGAGUUUAUCGAAUGUUGCCGCCGUUGUUUAAGACCGUUCAAGAGCAGACUGGAAUGCUGCCACCCCCUUGGAUGGGAGCCUUGACUGAUUAAUUAUUCAAUGGUAUUCCAUGGUUAAUUUUGUUGUUGUGGGAUCGUUCUUGGGUGGCCAGGUGUUAAAUGUUAAUGUUAUAUGGUGAUUUGUGUGAAAAAAUAAUUAUGUUUCAUGCUAUAUUAUACUUUAAAAUCUUUUUGGU